UUAAGCAUUAAUCGCGACAGCGGUGUUGCGCGGAAUGCUACACGCUACACCGUUCAGUGAUAAUCGAUAAUCGUACCACACCGCUAGCGUGCAUGAUGGAUCAUACUGGAAAAUUCGAUUAUCGGCUCCAUUUUUUGGAAGACGCGGUGACACGGCGAUUCAAUACGGAACUACGAGUGUUCGACAAAGACUGUAAAACGGGCGCGAACGAGGAAGAGGAGCCCGUUUCGGGAACCGGUGAGAUUCAAACACGAAACCUGGGUCAAGGGUCGAGAAAAACCGAACCUCUGAACGAUGUGAGAGGAAUAUAUGGACGGACACCAAACGGACUGGGCAGAUUCGGCGAAAUCACGAACACGUGGCGGGACGUAAAGCGGGGGUCGAGAAAAACCGAACCUCUGAACGAUGUGAGAGGAAUAUAUGGACGGACACCAAACGGACUGGGCAGAUUCGGCGAAAUCACGAACACGUGGCGGGACGUAAAGCGGGUGUUGCUACAUUGCUAG